UUUUUUUUUUCCCCUGUCGUGUGUCCUUCCCUUUCAGCUAAUCGCGCUUGGUCCACAUCCACACCUGCUGGAUAAUUCAUAUUUGCCGAUAAAUAAUUAAAAAGCAAUAUGGAUGAUUUUGACAUGCUCAACUCUCCGGCUGCUGGGAACGGCGUCUGCUCGGACGAGGACCCCGCCGCGGCGUUUUUGGCCCAGCAGGAGAGCGAAAUCGCAGGGAUUGAAAACGACGAAGGCUUCAGCAUCCUGGACAGUGGCGAGGUGCCUUCGUCGCUGGCAGAUUCCAACGAUGGUGCUGUCAAUGGAGAGUUUCAUGGGGAAAGCAACGGUCCAUCUGAUGCCUAUGCUGCAAUUUCCAAUGCCGACCGUCUGCAGGCAGAACCAGAAAGCCUUCGCAAAUGGAGGGAGGAGCAAAGCGAAAGACUGGAAUUGCUUGAUGAUAACUCUCGCAAACAGGAGUCUGAGUGGAAAACGAAGGCCAAGGUGGAGCUGGAAGAGUGGCAUGCAAGGCAGAAUGAGCAGCUGGAGAAAACCAAAACCAAUAACAGGGUGCUGGAUGAAGACUUCUACAAGCAGCCCUUCUCUGAGCUCAUUGGUUAUGUCACACACAUUAACCAUCCUUGCUACCGCCUAGACCAGGCGGCCGAGGAGGCCAUGAUUUCAGACAUGGACGAGAACAACCCCGGCACAGAAUGGGAGCGUGUGGCUCGCCUUUGCGACUUCAACCCCAAGUCCAGCAAGCAGGCCAAAGAUGUGUCCCGCAUGCGCUCCGUCCUCAUUUCCCUGAAGCAGUCCCCGCUGGUCCGCUAGACUCGGCUUCACGUCAUCGAAUAUCACCACCAAUGCAAACACAACCAGAUGAAAAGGUGGCAUACACCCCUUUUUUACAUGCGUGUUUACCACACACAGACCUAGCUUUCUCUAAUGGAAGGACAUAGACCGUUAUCACACCCUCAUCCUAGCGUUCCACUCCUGACAGGCUUGUAGGAAGUUCUUGUCUUCAGGCCAAUCAUUCUAUGGGUCCAUCGCUACACUGCAGUGUGGUUUGGUUGAUCCUCAAACUUUCAGCUUGUCAACUUUAAAUCUGCUCUUCUUUGUUUGGUUUAUGGUUUCAGACAAAUGUUUUUGUCGUCCGCACCUAGUAGUUAUUCAUCCUUCCAAAAAAUGUUUUGCUUUAAGGACCAAAUUUUUCAAACUAAAUCCAGCAAGUGUUUUUUGAACUGUGUUGUCCCUACUUGUGGCAUAUGUUGUCCAGUUGAUUUCAAUCUAUGCAUUUCCUUAUGAAAAGCUCCUCCUGUCUCCAGUCAUGAAAUGAACAGUCCAGUACAUUACAAUUUAAUGUUUAUAUGUGUGUUGGCAGUGUUUAUGUACUAUCUUUGUGCACCUAUGUACAUAUACAGAAAGCACUAUAUAUACAGAAUAUAAAGCAUAUGUUAGUCAGACAAUUGUGGUUUUAAAGAGAACUAGAUAUUAGUCAGCUGUUGUUCGACCAUGCAUGUCCAUGUCCAUUGACUUCAAUAUCAGUAAACGGUGAAUGACAA